GCUGCCCCUGAUGGUUUGUAUGUAGUUAUUCAACAGCUAUAGAGUGCACUACUUUGACUAGAACCCUACCUGCUGCCCCUGAUGGUUUGUAUGUAGUUAUUCAACAGCUAUAGAGUGAGUUGUUGUUUAUGUUUCUAAGACUGCAGGGUGGGAGAUGCAACAAUGACCUUGAGAACAGCAGGAAGUGUGUUGGUGGUCUUUCUCUGGUCUGUAGCAGGUAUGGUCUCAUUCUUAUCUUUUAUCAAUCUAUAGACAUGUCUAAAAGGAUAAGAUUCAUAAUGUUUUCUGGUGUGUUCUGUUAGGAGUCUCCACUUCACUUGAAAUAGUCAUAUUUCACACCUCACUGAGUGAUGCUUAUCUGUGGUUUUCAUUCACACUCAAAUCAGGAACUAUGGCAACAAAGUGUGUACAAAUCCUACCUUCAGUGUGAGACAAUAUACCUUGUCUUCAUUCUGAUACCGUUGUGUGACUGUGUUUCAGUGGUACUGGGUCAGGAUGGCUGGAGUGUGUUUUACACCACUCAGAGUAUCUGUGCCUUGAAGGGGUCAACAGUGGAGCUGACCUGCUCUUACACACAUCCCAGAGGUCAUAAAGUCACAUCAACCUUCUGGUUCACUAAAAUGGAGACUGGUGUAGAACCUAAAGAUAUAGGUCAGAACCCAGAGUAUACAGGUCGUCUGGAGUAUCAUGGGGAUAAGGAGAAAGACUGUACCCUGAGAAUCACAGACCUGAGAGAGAGUGACUCAGCUACGUACAAGUUUAGAUUUACAACUGAUCAGACCAGAGGGAGAUAUUAUGGAGAUCCUGGAGUCACUCUGUCUGUAACAGAUCUGCAGGUGGUGACUCCUUCACAUCGGUCACAGAGGAUGAUACUGACCUGUAGAACCACCAGCUGUCCUCUGACUGGUAACCCCACCUACAUCUGGUACAAGAAUGGCAAGAUAGUAUCUGAGAAGACUUCCACCUAUUCAGUCUACUCUAAUGCUGCAGACAGUUACUCCUGUGCUGUAAAGGGCCAUGAGGAUCUCCACUCUCCUGCAGUGUGUGUUCAGGGUCAGAGCUGCAACAGAGUGACUUACAAUAAGAGGAGAAUCUGUGUCUUGAAGGGAUCAACAGUGGACAUAUCCUGUACUUAUGUUGGUUAUUAUUCCACCACAUCAUCAUUCUGGUUUAGAAGUGAUAAGUCGACCCUUGAAGACCUAACCAGAGACCCAGGGUAUACAGGUCGUGUGGAGUACACUAGAACAUACAGAGGUCCCUUCACCCUGAGAAUCACAGAUCUGAGAGAGGAAGACUCAGCUGAGUAUCGCUUCACUUUUAAAACAAACUACAUUGAAUGGGGUCAUAGUUUCCCAGGAACAACUCUGUCUGUCACAGGUCUGCUGGUGAAGGUGACUCCUGCUGCAGAGGGACAGAAGGUGACACUGACCUGUAGCACCAGCUGUACUCUGACUGACAACCCCACCUACAUCUGGUACAGGAAUGGAUGGAAUGUACAAGAUAACUCCUCCCCCAUGUACUCCAUCAGCAUUGAGGAUGAAGACAGCUACUCCUGUGCUGUGAAAGGACAUGAGGAUCUCCACUCUCCUGCAGUGUAUAAACCAAAGAACACCUCAGUGUCAGUCAGUCCCUCUGGUGAAAUAGUGGAGGACAGUUCAGUUACUCUGACCUGCAGCAGUGAUGCCAACCCACCUGUCCAGAGUUACACCUGGUACAAGAAGAAUGGAGGUGACUAUCAGUGUAUGACAGGACCACAUCAUGUCUUCAAUCAAAUCCAGCCAUCUGACACUGGAGAGUACUACUGUGAGUCCCAGAAUGAGAUGGGGACAGACAGGUCUAGGACCAUUAACAUGGAUGUGAAGUGUGAGUAAA